AAAAUUUAACUGUUUAAUUAUAUUAAUUAUAUUUUUUAAAUUAUGAUAAAAUAGAAGUAAGUCUUUAUUGACGUGUGAUUGUGUUCCACGUGUUCUCAUUUUUAAUUUUUUAUCCCAAAAUGGCCAUGGGUCACCAACUACGACCUCUAGCAAUCGUCAGUGCUUCCUCAAUGCCAACUUCUCUCAUCUCCAGAAAUGUGGCCGUGAUCGGCGCCGGCGCCUCGGGCCUUGUUGCUGCACGUGAGCUCCGCCGAGAGGGCCACAAAGUCGUAGUCUUCGAACGAGAAAACCAAAUAGGCGGCACAUGGGUGUACGAUCCCCGGGUCGAACCAGACCCGUUGAGCCUCGAUCCUAACAGACUCAUAAUCCACUCGAGCCUCUACAGCUCUCUCCGCACCAACCUCCCCAGAGAAGUAAUGGGUUUCAGAGACUACCCGUUUAUAGCAAAAACCGAUAAAACGAGAGACCCGAGAAGGUACCCAGGUCACCGAGAGGUGUUAUUCUACUUGCAAGAUUUUGCGAGGGAGUUUGAGAUUGAGGAUAUGGUGAGGUUUGAGACUGAGGUGGUUUAUGUUGGGUUAGUGGAGGGCAGUAAGAAGUGGAAAGUGAGGUCCAAAAAGAAGAGAGGUGAUAAUGAUGUUGAGGUUGCUUCUGAUUUUCGCUUCUUUGAUGAGAUUUAUGAUUCUGUUGUCGUUUGCAGUGGGCAUUUCACUGAACCUCGUGUUGCUGAAAUACCAGGCAUCAGUUCUUGGCCGGGGAAGCAAAUGCAUAGCCACAAUUACCGUGUUCCAGAGCCGUUCCAAGAUCAAGUGGUAAUUUUGAUUGGGAGUGCAGCAAGUGCUGUUGAUAUAUCCAGGGAAAUUGCUCACUUUGCCAAAGAGGUCCAUGUCGCCUCAAGAUCUGUUGCAGAUGAAACAUAUCAAGAACAACCUGGAUAUGACAACAUGCGGCUUCAUUCUGCGAUAGAAUGUGUCCGUGAUGAUGGUUCUGUGGUCUUCCAAAAUGGGAGAGUUGUCCUAGCUGACAUCAUUCUACAUUGCACCGGGUACAAGUAUCACUUCCCUUUUCUUGAAACCAAUGGCAUUGUGACUGUGGAUGAUAAUCGUGUUGGUCCAUUAUACAAGCAUGUUUUCCCACCAGUUUUGGCCCCAUGGAUUUCAUUUGUUGGGUUACCAUGGAAGGCUGUCCCUUUCCGAAUGUUUGAACUUCAAAGCAAGUGGAUUGCUGGUGUUUUAUCAGGUAGGGUCGCACUCCCAUCACAAGAGGAGAUGAUGGAAGAUACUGAAGCCUUCUACCUGUCACUUGAAGCUUCAAACAUUCCAAAAAGAUACACUCAUAACAUGGCUGAUUCCCAUUUUGAGUAUAGCAACUGGCUUGCCGCUCAGUGCGGGUGUGAAGGGUUUGAAGAGUGGAGAGAGCAAAUGUAUCAUGUGAGUUGGAACAGCAUGCUCCUCAGACCAGAUACGUAUCGUGAUGAAUGGGAAGAGGACCUCCUGAUCUCGAAAGCCAACGAGGACUUCGCUAAAUACACUGCAAAAUGAUUUACUAGAAGCCAACCAUUGAAAAUUUCGAGACUGAUUUACAAACAGUUCCAUUUCUGAAUAAAGCAGCUUGUAGCCAUUGGAUAAGACCUAGUGGGAAUAGAAAAGAGCUCAAGAAAUAUACCUGACAUGGAGAUAAUGAAAGAAAUGAAUAAGUGAAGGGGAUCAAACUAGUCCACGCAUAAUAAGCUCAAAGGAGUCUCCAUUCUCAUUCGACUACUUGUAUUUAAAGAUUCCUUCAAUUUAAGCUGAGAACAAAGAAUAUUAAAA